UUAAAGAGAGUUAUGACUUUGACUUAUAACUAAACAUUUUAGCUAUCCUUACAUAAAAGAGCAUGCUCCAUAAAACCAAAACAUCUUUUAUUAUACUCAGCUUUAAUAUUAUUAGCUUUAAUUAUUAUUUGCUAUUAAUUUAAUUAGAACAAAGCGGUGUGUGAAAUGAAAGCCCAAAGCUCUUUAUGUAUAUCGACUUCAAUAUAGGUAACACAUUCUCAGCUUACCAAUUCAGUGUUCCCAAAAUGUUGGUUCUGGUUGGGUUGUUGGUCGGUGCUCUCGGCCUCGCGGUCUGGUGGGUCCAGCAGCAUUAUACGUACUGGAAGCGUCGGGGUAUUCCCCACGAUCCACCCAACUUUCCGUAUGGAAACACGGUGGAACUCCAGAGGACCAUGCAAAUGUCCCACAUUCUCAAGCGAACCUAUUUUAAAUACAAGAACCAAACCGCCGGCCCCUUCGUGGGGUUCUACGUUUUUGCCAAGAAAUUCAUCGUGAUAACCGACAUUGAUUUUGUAAAAACUGUGCUGAUAAAAGACUUUGAAAAGUUCCACGAUCGCGGAGUAUAUCACAACGAAAAGGACGAUCCACUGACCAGUAAUCUCACGGCUAUCGAGGGUGAAAAGUGGAAAAAUCUGCGCCAAAAGCUGACCCCAACCUUUACGUCUGGAAAAAUUAAGAACAUGUUCCCCACUGUCCUGAACGUGGGCGAGGAGUUGAUUCGGGUGAUUCAUGAGAAGAUCUCAUGCUCUCCGCGAACCUUAGAAGUCACCGAUCUCGUGGCCCGUUUCACAGCGGAUGUGAUUGGAAUCUGCGCCUUUGGCCUGGAGUGCAAUAGCUUACGGGAUCCCAAGGCGGAAUUCGUCAGAAUGGGAACUUCGGCGAUUACCGAACGACGUCAUGGCAGACUGGUGAACCUGCUCAUCUUCUGGGCGCCCAAGCUAUCCGCCAAGCUGGGAAUAAAGACCUUGCCCCCGGAGAUAGAGGAGUUUUACUUGAAUGUUGUCAGGGAGACCAUCGAUUAUAGGGUGAGGAACAAGAUAGCCCGGAACGACUUCAUGGAUAUGCUGAUCGAUAUAAAGCUAAAAUACGAUAAUGGCGAUAGGCAAAAUGGCCUCACCUUCAAUGAGGUCGCUGCACAGGCCUUCAUAUUCUUCCUGACUGGCUUUGAAACGAGCUCCACCACCAUCGGGUUUGCCCUAUAUGAGCUGGCCUGCAAUCAGGGUGUUCAGGAUAAACUACGAACCGAAGUCGAUAGAGUCCUCAAGAAAUAUAAGGGUAAAUUGGACUAUGACAGCAUGCGGGAGAUGCCCUAUCUGGAAAAGGUCAUCGAUGAAACCCUAAGAAAACAUCCUGUGGUGGGCCACCUGGUCCGAACAGCGACUAAGGACUAUGUGCACACCAAUCCACAGUACUUCAUUGAGGCGGGCACUGGAGUUCUGGUGCCGACUCUGGCCAUCCACCACGAUCCAGAGUUCUAUCCGGAACCGGAAAGGUUCAUACCGGAACGCUUUGAUGAGGAGCAGAUGCAACAACGUCCCCAAUGCACUUUCCUGCCCUUUGGGGAUGGUCCUCGGAGUUGCAUAGGUGUCCGCUUUGGACGCAUGCAGGUCGUUAUUGGAAUGGCCCUGCUCAUUCACAACUUUAAGUUCGAGUUGCAUCCCACUAAGACGACGGUUCCGAUCACGUACAGUAUCAAAAGUUUUUUGCUGAGCUCCGAAGGUGGAAUUAACCUUAAUGUCAGCAAGAUUGGAAAGCACUGAAAUUCGUUCCUCAAGGGUUUUGGUUAAUUACAUAGGCACCGAAAUAAUAUAUUGAUUU